UUGUAUAUCAACAUGAUGUGGCGUCCGAUACUUACCGGGAUCAUGCUCAUGUGUGCAGCACAUAUAACUACUUCGACGACACCAACAGCGGACACCAAACCAGGUUCUUUUGAAAGCCAUAGUGUGUUUACAGUAAACGAGUUGCCAAUGCAUAGAAAUAAAAGUAUUGAUAUGAGAUAUAUGCCAACUAUUGGAAAUGGACACGUAGCUCAUUUGGUAGGAAGUGACGCCAUCUACAUGAACGGACUGUACAACGGAGAGGGAGCUGCAAGUCAUCGUGCCAGGAUAUCAGCACGUAAUGCAAUUACAGUUACAUUUAAUGACGAAGAACUUGCAAACUUGGCGACACGGUCUUACACUUUGGAUAUGUCUCAGGGACUGUGGAAGGACAUAUUGGAAAUUGAUGACAAGAUUAGAAUCACUACAUAUCUUUACGCUCACCAGUUCUAUAGCCGAAUAUUUGUUAGCCAAGUGAAGGUUGAACGACUCGGACCUAGCAGGAACCGAAUUUUAUUGGAUAUAACUAAAAUACCCUCAAGUGCCAUAAUCAGUGAUGACGUAAGAGAAACUUCUAGCGAGGAACUUGAAGUCGGCGGUGAUUCUUGGCGACGAGUUGGAAACACAAAGUACCCGGAAGUUAAAGGUCAAGACACCACCCCAGUAUAUAUAUAUUACAAUGACAUUCCCGAUGAUUUUUACUACGACGACACAUAUACCGUAUGGAAAACGUACUUAGUCGCCGUGGAUACUGAUGAUGAUGUUGCUAGAAAAGACUUCGUUGACGCCGAAGAUCUGUUACGUGGUGCCGACAUUCAUGGACAUGAAACUUUUUUUAAUAACCAUACCGAAGCUUGGAAGGAAAUCUGGAACAAAGGACGCAUUGAGGUCGAUGAUGAAAUGAUUGGAAUUGCUGCCACCAGUAGCUUGUACUACCUUAUGAGUUCGUUGCCAGUUCUUGGUGAAACUAACUCACCAAAAGGCCAAUUUUACGGUGUUAGCCCUUGCGGGCUCGCUCAUGGCGCAGCUGGAGAGAACCUGCAGGGUCACGUGUUGUCCGAUAUGGAGAUUUUCAUGUUCCCCGCUAUAUUGAUGUUUCACCCAACCACAGCAAAAAGUAUGUUGUCUGCUAGACAUUUCCAGCGAGACGCCGCAAGCGAGCAGGCUUCCCAGGCCGGUUAUUCUGGUACCCGGUUCCCUUACGAGUCGGCAAGCAGUGGUUUUGAGUUGACACAGGAUGAUAAAUCAAAAAAGAAAGAGUAUGUCACAAGUGACGUAGCGUUCGCUGCUAGACAAUACCUUUCAGCUACCCGUGACGUCACUUGGUUGAACAGUUGGGGUAGGGAAUUUAUGUACGACAUGGCAGAUUACUGGCAAAGCAGGGCCACGUACUCUAAACAUCUUGGGGCAUAUGUAAUAAACGAUGUAUAUGGGCCAGAUGACUACCCUUCGAGUUCCGUGGAUAAUUCUGUGUAUACCAACAUCGGUGCAAGUCAGGCCAUUCUGUACGCGGAUUACGCGAACUGCCUGGCUGGUCAGAGUGAUCUACCUAGCGACUGGAUGGAAAUAUCCAAUGAAAUGGUUGAAAUUUUUGAUUUUGAAGAACAAUACCACCCAGAAUACCAAGGAUACGAGAAAGAUACACCUGUGAACCAGGCAGACACAAUCAUGGUCGGAUAUCCUUACCAGUGGGAAAUGACAAAAGAAGUAUUUGCUAACGACCUGGAUAUAUACAAUGAUGUGACGGCAAUAGCGCCACCUACGACGUGGGCGAUGUUUGCUAUUGGAUAUAUGGAAGUGGACAAGAAACUGGAUGCUGACAGUCAUUUUUCAAAGUUGCUUGAUAAUUACAUUCGACCACCAUUCCAAAUCUGGACCGACGAGAUGUUAGGCAUGGGAUUGGUCAAUUAUGUGAGCGCAAUGGGUGCGUACCUCCAAACUCUCAUAUAUGGUUAUGGUGGAUUUAGACUUCAUUAUGAGCAAUUGGAUUUCAACCCAGUACUACCCUUAAACGUUAAUACUAUGAAGUUUGUGGGACUGGAAUUUAUGGGAAGCGAGUUUGACUUUGAAUAUGAUGAAACUUCUAUCAAGAUUGAAGUCACUUCAGUUGGUGAUAUUGCUGUCAAAGUUACCACUGGUUCAGGAAGGGAAUACUCAUUCAGCGAUG